AUGCCCGUAAAUGAGGCGGAAACCAUCCGCAUCCUCAUCUCCACUGACAAUCAUGUUGGUUAUAACGAGCGAGAUCCCAUCCGUGGAGAUGAUAGCUGGAAGAGUUUCCAUGAGAUAAUGUGCCUGGCCAAGGAACGAGAUGUCGAUAUGGUGCUCUUGGCAGGAGAUCUGUUCCAUGAGAACAAGCCGUCGCGCAAAUCUAUGUACCAGGUGAUGCGGUCAAUCCGUAUGAACUGUUUUGGAGAUAAGCCUUGUGAGCUGGAGAUGCUCAGUGAUGCUAGUGAGAACUUCCAGGGAGCUUUUAACCAUGUCAACUAUGAAGACCUGGAUAUGAAUGUGGCUAUCCCCAUUUUCUCCAUCCACGGCAAUCAUGACGAUCCCUCUGGAGAAGGUCACUUGGCUGCGCUGGAUCUACUGCAAGUAUCUGGUCUUCUCAAUUACUAUGGCCGUACUCCAGAAUCAGACAACAUUCAGAUCAAACCAGUCCUGUUACAGAAGGGUCGAACAAAGCUGGCACUCUACGGGAUGAGCAAUGUCCGUGAUGAGCGACUAUUUCGCACAUUCCGUGAUGGCAAGGUCAAGUUCUUCCAGCCAUCUGUUCAGAAGGACGAUUGGUUCAAUCUGAUGUCCGUUCACCAAAAUCACCAUGCGCAUACCGAGACCAGCUACUUGCCCGAGAAUUUCCUCCCGGAGUUCCUCGACCUGGUUGUCUGGGGGCACGAGCAUGAAUGCCUAAUUGAUCCCAAGCUUAAUCCUGAAACGAAGUUCCACGUUAUGCAACCAGGAUCAUCUGUCGCUACAUCCCUGGUACCUGGAGAGGCCGUGACAAAACAGGUUUCCAUACUCAGCGUUACAGGCCGAAGGUUCAAGAAUGAGCCCAUUCGGCUUAAGACCGUGCGGCCAUUUGUGAUGCGCGAGAUUGUGAUGUCAGAGGAAAAAGAUGCCCAGAAGCUUGCCCGCAAGGAAAACAACCGGACGGAGGUCACACGGUUCCUUAUGUCCAUUGUGGAAGAAUUAAUUGAAGAAGCCAAUGCCGAAUGGCUUGACGCACAAGGCGAGCGUGAUGAGGAUGAGGAUGACGAAGAUGCACCUCAGCCUCCCCUUCCUCUCAUCCGUCUACGUGUCGAGACAUCCACACCGGAAGGAGGGACCUACGACUGUGAAAAUCCGCAGCGCUUUUCAAACCGUUUCGUGGGCAAGGUGGCCAACGUAAAUGACGUCGUACAAUUUUACCGGAAGAAGAAGACAGCAUCCACUUCGCGCAAGGGUGAUACCUCGAUUGAUGAAGCUGCUGUCUCCCAUCUGGCAGCACUUGAUACUGUGAAGGUCGAGCAGCUUGUGCGCGAGUUCCUUUCUUCGCAGUCAUUGAGUAUUUUGCCGCAGAAUUCUUUCGGUGAUGCCGUUGCUCAGUUUAUCGACAAGGACGACAAGCAUGCGAUGGAAAUGUUUGUCAAUGAAUCCCUUGAGAGUCAAGUCAAACAUUUGCUAGCCUUGGAUCGUGACGACGAUGGUAUGGAUGAUGAGGAGCAGGAACAUAGCUCAUUGACUACCGCCAUGGAAAAAUACCGCGGUCAAAUGGAGAACAUGUUCUCCAAGGGCGUGAAAAAGCGAACUCGAGGCAAGAAGCGUUUUAAGCCUAAGCCAGACAGCUGGGAUACUGAGUUUGAUGGUGUCUGGGAGGAUCAGCCUGGUGCGCUGAUUCACUCUGACAACGAGGGUGGUGACCCAGCCGAGGAGGAAGCUGGAGAAGAUGGUACAGCCCCAGCUCGCGGUCGUGCUGCAGCCGCACCCAGUCGUGGCCGUGGCAGGGGUCGUGGUCGCGGUGCAGCAGCCACUGCACGUACCACCAAGCCCAAGACAACACCCGCAGCCACCAAGGGUCGCAAGAAGCAGAUCGUUUCGGAAGAUGAAUCAGAUGUGAUCAUGCUAGAUGACAAUGACGAUGAUCACGCUGCCAAUUUCAUUUCAGAUGAUGAUGAUGAUGAUGACUCCCAGGCGCUGUUUGUCAAACAGCCAUCUACUACUGCCAAGUCGCGGAAGGCUGCACCAACGACAACUACCCAGCGCCGUGGGCGAGCUGCUGCUUCCCCAGCCCCAUCCACAGCUACAGCUGGCACCCGUGCUUCUCGUCGGGCUCCUGCGCCACGAGCUAAGGCCCAAAGCACGUUGAACUUUGGUUCUCAGGCCAGUGCACCUCAGUCAUCGAGGCCAAGUCGCUCCACGCGUAACCUGAGUGUCAUAAGCGAUGGUGUUGAUGAUGAUGACGAUGACGAUGACGACGAUGCCUUUGAAGAAAUGCCAAGUACUAAUUCUCGUCGACGAAGGUGA